AUGGACUUGGCAGACCCAAUUUUUGCUCAGGAAAACCCCUCAGAAAACCAAAAACAGAACGUCAAAGACGAGAAGACAGAAGAGGCCAUUCAACAUUUGGAGGAAGAAAUUGAUCAGGCUUACUCCUCGAUAGAGACCAAGUUCCAGGCCCUUUGGACUAAUGCUCUGAAGAAUGCCCAUGAGAUCCAAGAAAAACUCAAGCUCGACGAAAAAAAAGCAGCAUUGAUGGCUCAGCUCAACACUGCGAAAGAAAAUAUCAACAACAGCACCAUCGUCAAGGAUAACAUUCAGUCUGUGGAUGCUCAGCUCAAGGAGCUAGGCGAGCAAGUUAAGGGCAUUGAGAAAAAGUUUGAUUUAAGCACGCUUUCCAAUCAGGCGAAUUCGGCUUUGGACACGAUCGACUCGGGAUUGGAAUACGUAGAGAAGCAGGCAGGCAAGUACGUGAGCCAGUUUUCCUCGUUCUUUUCGAGUAUAGUUUCGGUAGAGCCACAACAGGAACAAGAAGCAGCAAAAAACAAGAAGGAGUCGGAAACACUAUUCACAAAUCCUAAAUUCCCUGGUGGUAGCUAUGGGUCAACGCGGUUUGACAGUGAGCUCUUCAAGUUGCACACUUCGGAGGCACCUCUUUUGGAUGACUCCAAAGACGAUAAGGCAGAAAAAGAAAAAUUCGACGUUGAGUCCAAGACUUCUGAGAUUGCUGAGUUGCUCAAAAAGUAUCCUGAUACUUUGGAAAAACUCAUGAACAAGCUUGUGCCCGUGGAGAUCUCCUACGAUACGUUCUGGUACAGGUACUUCAAGCUAGAAGAGGAUAUCAAGGAAAGCGAGCAGAAGAGGAAAGAGCUACUAGCCAAGAAGGAUAAGAGUAGCUCUUUGGCCGACGAUGAAGAAGAAGAAGAUGACGACGAGGAGUUCACUUGGGAUGAUGACGACGAUGAAGACGAUGAUGUGGUGAAGGUGGAGAGGGUGCAGAGCGAGAAGGAUUAA